AUGAGUCCGGGAGAAGGAGAAGUGGUGGUCGAGAAGAGGUUUGCGAGUAGUUUCUUUGGGACGAGUUUAAGUACUUUGUUGGUAGGGCUGGGGUGUGAUUGCACGAUUUUGGCGGGAUUUAGUACUAGCGGAUGCGUUAGGGCUACUGGUAAGCUCCUGUUUUGUUCCGUCUCGAAAGAAUGUCGUGGGGCUGGGGGGUGAUGAAGUUCUUUGGGUGUUUUUUCGCUUUGCUUCACCGUCCACGAGACAUAGAAAUAGAUAGCUAAAAUUGCGCUCCUACUAACCGUGCCGAAAUAGCACUCGACGCAAUGCAGCACAACUUCCCCCCUUUUGUCGUCCGAGAAGCCUGUGGCGAUCGUCAUAAGUCGGUGAACGAUAGCAAUCUUUUCGACAUGCAGCAAAAGUUUGCCGAAGUGGUGUCCGAGGAGGAAAUCAUGACUUUGAUUGAUGGUGUCAAGAAGAAGUAGAUAAUUGUAACUCUUUAAGAAGCAAGUCGC